CGACAAUUUUCCUGACACUGUGCGACGUUCGAUGUAUCUCAGUCAGCAUCGAUUUCUCGACCAACUCUACGAUGAUCUCCAGACGAAGCCUCCCAUGGCGAUGAAGCAUCGCUCAUUGCUACACACGAAUCCAAACUAAUCUCACUUUCUCUCUUCCCAUGGCGUCUUCUUCUUCUUCUUCUUCUUCCGAAGCAAAAUGGCGGUUCGACGUCUUCCUCAGCUUCAGAGGCGAGGACGUCCGCCGCGGCUUCCUCGCUGACCUCCAUAGGGCUCUGCUUCACGGCGGCAUCAACGCCUACAUCGACAGCGAGGACUUGAGGCCCGGGGACGAGAUCUCGCCGGCGCUCACGAAGGCCAUCGAGGACUCGCGGAUCGCCGUGCUCGUCUUCUCCGAGAACUACGCUUCGUCUCGGUGGUGCUUGGACGAGCUGGUGAAGGUAAUGGAGUGUAAGAGGCUCAAGGGGCAGCUGGUGCUGCCCGUGUUCUACAGAGUGGAGCCGAGGGAGAUUCGAGGGCAGAGAGAGAGUUACGGCAGGGCAUUGGCCAAGCACGAGGAAAAAUUGGGAAAGGAUUCUGAGAGGGUGAAGAAAUGGAGGGAAACUCUAAUCGAAGCCGCCAAUUUGUCCGGUUGGCAUUAUGACCAUGGAGACGAUACCAAGUUCAUCGAGAGCAUUGUCAAAGAGAUCUCGACUAUAGUAGGACGAGUACCCUUGAGUGUUGCCAAGUAUCCUGUUGGUGUAGGUUGCCGGGUGGAAAAAGUAAUGUCAUUGUUCAGUACGGGCUCGGAUGAUGUUCGGAUGAUAGGAAUAUGGGGAACUGGAGGUAUUGGGAAGACCACUGUCGCUAAAGAUGUCUAUAACAGCAUUGCUAGUCAGUUUGAUGGGUGCAGCUUUCUUCCAAAUGUUAGAGAAACUUCCAGUAAACCUGAUGGCCUAGUUCAUUUGCAGAAAACACUGUUAUCUGAGAUAUUAUGGAAAGAAAAUUUAGUGGUCUUUAGUGUGGAUGGAGGUGUAAAUCUGAUACGAGAUAGACUCUGCAGCAGGAAGAUUCUGCUUGUGCUUGAUGACGUGGAUCAUGGGAACCAGUUAAAUGCAUUAGCUGGAGAAUGUGAAUGGUUUGGAGAAGGGAGUAGGAUCAUCAUUACGACAAGAGAUAAACAUGUACUAACUGCUCAUAGGAUAGAUCAGGUAUAUGAAGUUAAAGCAUUAGAUCAAGGUGAAGCUUUUGAACUUCUGAGAUCAUAUGCUUUUCCAGGAAACCAGACAAAAGACAUAAGCAGGGAUCUCAUAGAUAAUAUUUUGGGCUAUGCUAAUGGCCUUCCCUUAGCGAUUGUGGUGUUGGGUCCGUUUUUAUGUGGUAGAAGCAGAGGGGAAUGGGAGAGUACAUUGGAAAAACUUGGUGAAAGUCCUAAUAAAGAUAUAAACAGUGUUCUCAAGAUAAGUUUUGAUGCACUGGAGGACAAUGAGAAGGACAUUUUUCUUGACAUUGCUUGCUUCUUUAAGGGGAGAAAACGACAUUAUGUAACCGGAGUACUUGAUAGUUGUGGAUUAAAGACAUUAAUUGGGAUUCAAACUCUAAUAGAGAGAUCCUUAGUGACAAUUGAGGAUGACAGAAGUGUACAAAUGCAUGACUUGAUUCAGCUAAUGGGUCAGGAUAUCGUUAAACAAGAGUGUCCAAAUGACCCUGGGAAACGGAGUAGAUUAUGGUGCUAUGAUGAUGUUUUUGAAGUACUGUUGUGGGAUACGGGAACCAAUGCUGUUAAAGGCAUAGUGCUGCAGUUGCCUACACAAAAAGAGCUAGACAUCAGUCCCAGUGCUUUCACACACAUGAGGAGACUGAAACUGCUCAUACUUCUGAAUGCACAAAUCAGCGGAGGUUCCAUAUGUCUUCCUAAUGAUUUAAGGUGGCUUGAAUGGCCUGGAUGUCCUUUAUCCACUCUGAAGUUUAGUGCUGUUCCAAAGAAACUCAUAUGCUUUGAUGUGCAUGACAGCCGGAUGAAGGAAUUUGGAGGGAACUUAAAGGACUUUCAAAACAUAAAGUUCCUUAACGUGAGUGAAUGCCAAUGGCUGGUUUGUAUGCAUGACCUCGACUGUACUCCAUAUCUCGAGGAAUUGCAUCUCCAUGGGUGCCAAAACUUGGAGCGUGUUCACCAAUCAAUUGCAUUUCACGGCAAGUUACGGUUGCUGAAUUUACAGAAGUGCUCUAAAUUGCAAAGUUUCGUUGAUAUUCCAGAUAAAAAUAAAGGCUUGCGAGGACUUAUUUUAUAUGGGACGUCAAUUAAGGAACUUCCUACAUCCAUAGAAAAUCUUGUUUCUCUGGAGGGUAUGGAUUUACGUUAUUGUAAGAACCUGGCAAUCCUUCCGUCUAGCAUUUACAGGUUGCAAAAUCUUACCAUUUUGAGGCUUCGUGGCUGCUCAAAACUAAUUAAGUUUCCAAAGGAGGAGGAGGAUUCAAGUGAUCCCCAUACAAAGACUGGAUUUCCUAUGUUAGAGGAGUUAGACCUUAAUUUUUGUUGUCUAUCAGAAGUAGAUUUCCUGGAGAAUCUUUCAUGUUUUCCCCGCUUGCGAUCUUUGCAGUUGAUGAGAAACAAUUUUACUAACCUUCCUUCAUGCGGGCAUCUAUAUAAUUUGCUCAAAUUGAACGUUUCGGGUUGCCAACAGUUACGAGAGAUCCUUAAAAUUCCAAGGAAAUUGAGAGAACUACAGGCAGCUAGUUGCAAAUCUCUGAGCAAGGUUCCCUCCAACAUAUGUGAUGUUGACAAUACUCAAUUAUCUUCAUGUCAUGAACUGAUCCGUAACGGGUUCAUCAUGGAUUACUUUGUCAAGCUUGAGCAAUUUCAUCCCAAAACAAAUUGUCGAGUUAUUCUACCUGGACGAGAGAUGCCAAAGUGGUUGCUCCCUAAUAAAGAGGGUUACAUAUCCUUCACGGCUUCAAAGAACUUGUAUAAAAAGUUCCUAGGAUUAGCAGUCUGUGUUGCAUUCCAAAUAAAAGGUAUAGAUGAGUGUGCUUUAUUUGAGCUUCAAGCAUCCACCAAUUUCACAGUGUCUGAUCACUCCAGGUCUUUCAAUUAUUGUAAUUCAGAUCAUGUGUGGUUUGAGUAUUUUGAUGCAAUGGAGUUGUGGAAAGUAGACGAAUUUGGUCCAAAUGACUGUAGUCAUUUCCACUUUAGCAUAACAGCAGAUUCACAUCCAUAUAAUAGUGUAAUUGUGAAAAAAUGUGGAUUCCGACUUUUAUGCAAAGCACUAGAGAACAAUCUGGAGGUUUUGUUUCAAGACGACCAGUUGUUGGAUUCAGCUUUACUGUACGAGGUUUGUAAUGAAGAUAGUCAAUCGAGCACAGAGGAAGAAAGUUCAAGCAAAUUAGUCCACGAAGGAGUGAAUACGGUUGACUUCUCAAUUGAGAAGCAUCGCUAUUCCAAUAUUGAUCCCGAUUACCGGGUAGUUCAUCCUGGAGGAGACAUACCAAAGAAGUUCAUCCUUGUUGAGGACGAUACCAUAUCUUUCAUGGCUUCAGAGGACUUGUACAAGAAGUUCAUAGGAUUGGUUUUCUGUGUUGUUAUCGGUGUAGAAGAUGGAGAAAAGGAAAUAUCUUUCGACAUUGUGCCGCAUGUUAACAAACAAAGGGGAAAUGUGCUAUCAGGAACUCUCGGUUCAUUUGUCUCGGAUCACAUGUGGAUUCAGUUUCUCGAAAUAAAUAUGCCGUGGGGAGUACUGCAGGGAGGAGUUGAUUUUGACCAAUUUGAGGACAGCUAUUUACGAUUUAGCCUUAGACUUACAGUAUCGGGUGGAACCCUAAAAAAGUUGGGAUAUGUGAUAAGAUGCCGGGAGCUGGAGGAUGAUUUGAAGAUUGUGAUUGAAGACAAUCAAUUUCUGGAUCCUACUGUACUCUGGGAAUCUGACUAUGACACCCUAUGGAAAGACGUUUUCGAGGGACUCGGUAUAUGAGAUGUGUACAGAAGAAAUUGGGAGCCAAUGAAACAGAUGCGUAUGGAAAGACGUUUUCAAGGAAGGAAUUCCGAGGAUUAGCGCUUCGGGUUGUUGUCGGAGUAACCAAUGGCAUUCAGUUUUAAUCUCUCAUGGGAGAUUCAAAUAAAUAUGAGAGUGGAUUAGAGGAUAACUUGGCGCACAAGACGCUUCGAUUCAUUAGAACGUGGGCGGCAUCAUGUCUGGCUCAAGUAUCUCCGGCAUGUACGGUGCAGGAGGUAAGCGAGCCUUUGUGAAAGAUAACUGGGUGUUUUGGUUUAAUAGUGCAAACGAUAAAGAGAUAAGAGGCAUGGAUAAGAUGUACUAUAUUGUGAAAUUCGCAAUUCUGCAAAGAAAGAAAUAUUUGGAUUGCCGUCUGGUGUUAACACCGCACAUUGAGUCGUUUUCCUGAGAUGCUCACCAAGUGCUUGGUGGAAUGCAUGGGUUAAAUCUGCGACCCUUACCUCGUGUUGUUGAUUGAUUAGGAAGCAAAACUGACAUAUUCGGAUUGAUUUUGUUCAACGAUACUGAUCAUGAGAUGUGGUUGUUAGUCUAUGCAUUGUGGAUAACAUUUUUUCCUCA